AAUAUAUAUUUUGCUAACAGACUUGUGUUAAACCCUCCACUCCUCAGCUUCCGCCUCUGCCUUCGUCACGUGACACGUCUCCAUGCAGGGACUACUUUUAUUGGCUGCAGGACACAUCCGUCCUCCCGCAGACCGAACGUCUCAUCAUCGUCCUGUCUGUCAGUGAAGCUGCACAUUCUCGUGGUUCCGAGCACCUGGACUGGACCGAACCGAACCGGGAGGUGAUCCGAGCAGCAGCGGGACAGAGAGGCGGACACGCGCAGGGACAAUAUGAGUGUAAACACCGCGGACACGAGCACGCUCUGCCUCUUUGAUGUUGACGGCACGCUCACGGCCGCAAGACAGUGAUCCAGAAGGUGGACUACGUGUUUGCAGAGAACGGGCUGGUGGCGUACAGACAGGGACAGUUACACUCUGUGCAGUCCAUCCAGGCUCAUCUGGGAGAGGAGCUGCUGCAGGAUUUCAUCAACUUCUGUCUGAACUACAUGGCUAAAAUCAAACUGCCCAGGAAGAG